GUCUCAGUACAAAGAAAGUGUUUCUUCGCACUUCUCUCUCUUCCAUGGAAUCCAAUAGUCGGCGACGCUUUCACUUUCUCCGGCGACAAUGAACUCAUCGCCGGCGAAGUGGGUUCGCGUUGCUCUCUUCUCACUCGUUCCUUCAGUUCCUUCCUCUCACUCCUCCUUUUCCGGUCGUCGGAAAAUUUAUCCGCCGUCCUCACAAAGAUUGAACGAAUCGGAAAACUAGAAGCGAUUCCGUUUUCUUCUUGACUUUUCUUUUUACCUCUCUCUCUCAUUCUCGAUCGCUAGCUCGCUUACAUUCUGUUGUUUUCGAUCGGAUCCAUUUCUUUGCCGGAAACACCAUCGCCGGCGAUAUGGAAACGUAGUUCAAUAAGCCUCUGCUGACGUUAGAAAACCUUAGGAAUUAUAAAAGAGAAAAGCGAAAUUUAAUAGUUAGUUUGGUUGUUUAGUUAGUUAACGUUUGGAACGGUGUAACUAAAUAUAAACGCGACGAUGUUAGAUCUUAAUCUCAAUGCUGAGUGGACCGAUUCGGCUCGUGACGGCGACUCGCCGGUUCCGUUAGAGGAGUUUCCUGAAGGUUCGCGGAACCAAAUGGCGGAAUCAGGGACUUCGAAUUCCUCUGUGGUGAAUGCGGACGGGUCCAGUAACGGCUGCUGCGACGAGGACUCGUGCUCCACGCGCGCUGAUGACGUGUACACCUUCAAUUUCGAUAUCCUUAAAGUGGAAGGCGCGAGCGACGUCGUAACGAAGGAGUUGUUUCCGGUGAGUGGAGGAGUGGCAACGUCGUCGUUUUCGGCGAGAAAAAGUUUCGUGGAUCUCGCGUUCGAUCGUGAGGGAGGAAACAGUGACAUAAAGAUGCUUCAGCCGCAGCCUCAGACUCAGACUCAGCAACCGGCGAAGAAGAGUAGGAGAGGACCAAGGUCUCGAAGCUCACAGUACAGAGGGGUUACCUUUUAUAGAAGAACGGGAAGAUGGGAAUCGCAUAUCUGGGAUUGCGGGAAACAAGUCUAUUUGGGAGGAUUUGACACGGCUCAUGCUGCUGCUAGAGCCUAUGAUCGAGCUGCUAUUAAGUUCAGGGGAGUUGAUGCUGACAUCAAUUUCAAUCUGAGUGAUUAUGAGGAUGAUCUUAGACAGUUGAAGAAUUUGUCCAAGGAGGAAUUCGUACAUAUACUGCGCCGCCAAAGUACUGGUUUCUCAAGAGGAAGUUCUAAAUACCGAGGAGUUACUCUCCACAAGUGUGGCCGGUGGGAAGCUCGAAUGGGACAAUUCCUUGGCAAAAAGUAUAUAUAUCUUGGAUUAUUCGACAGCGAAGUAGAAGCUGCAAGUAGGGCUUAUGACAAGGCAGCUAUCAAAUGCAACGGAAGGGAAGCAGUGACCAACUUUGAGCCAAGUACAUACGAAGGAGAGAUGAAAUCUGCAGCCACUAAUGAAGUUAACAAUCAUAAUCUUGAUCUCAAUUUGGGCAUAGCAACCCCAGGAACUGGGUCCAAAGAAAAUUGGCAGCGACUUCAGUUCCCCUCUGUCCAUUACAACACGCAUGGUGGAAUAAGUUCAAUGAUGGAAACAAAUGUUGAUUCAGGAGUUGGUAAUCCAUCUUUGAAAAGACUGGUUGUGAAUGAAGACUGUCCUUCUGUAUGGAAUGGAAUGUGUCCUAGUUUCUUUCCCAAUGAGCAGGAAAAAACAGAGAGAAUGAACACGGAGCAUUCGAAAGGACUGCCCAAUUGGGCGUGGCAAACGCAUGCCCAGGUCAAUGCUACCCCAGUACCAACGUUCUCUGCUGCAGCAGCAUCAUCAGGAUUCUCAAUUUCAGCUACCUUUCCUCCCACUGCCACCUUUCCAACAAGAUCUACGAACUCCAAUCCCCAGAGUCUCUGUUUUACUUCAUCCAGCAUGCAUUCGUCUGAAUAUUAUUACCAGGUUAAGCCCCGGCAGGCACCACUGUAGCCGAUCUUGUACUACUCGUUAAAGGCAAACCACAAAAAGUUUUUGCGCUCAAAAUUCUUUGUGUAAUUCAGUAACUGAUUGGUGUAUACUGAGAUUUGAUUUGACCCCUAAUUGCUACCUCUUUGCUUAAACUAUAAUGCCCCCCGUUAUGAUAAAUCAUCUCUCACGCAAAUGCUAUUUUUAGUGCACUACCAUAACGAUGUAGCUGUUUUUCUCAA